AUGGGGCGUUCGUCGCGCCUUCGCGGAGGAAACCGCAGCAAGGGCGGCGCGCACAAGCCAAAGAAAAAGGGGAAGAAGCGCACACAGAAGCUCGACGUAGAAGACCUCUACUAUGCCCGUUUGGCGGAAGAGGCGCGAAUCAAGCAGGAGAAGAAACGCGCCAAAAAGUUAAAGCAGUUGGAGAAAGAGACACACGACGAGGAAGAAGAUCCCAGCCAAGACGCGUCGCAGAGCGCGGGCCGUGCGUCUAUCAGCGGUCUUCCUUUAGCACAAGGGAAAGCGAAGAAAGCCAGACUGUCGUCGUCGGCAGAUGCCCAGUUUGGCGUCGGACAACGGCCCGCCGACGGCAGGCCUUUUCACCGGAGGAACGAUGGCGGGAGGAAGAAAAUGGACCCUUUUUCGCGUCUUCUCAGCACGCUGAAGCCUGCAGAGCUGAAGGAGGACGACUCAACAGAAGAAACGGAUAGUGAAAACGAGGAAGAAAGUGAACGCGAACAACCUGAACUGAACGAAGAAGAGGAGGAAGAGGAGGAUGAAGAGAUGGAGGAAGAGGACGAUGAAGAGGAGGAUGAAGGGGAGGAAGGAGAAGAGGAUGAUGGAGUGCAGGGGAUCGAAGAGGAAGAACAAGAGGAUGAUGGAGAGGACGACGAGGAGGAAGAGGCAGAGGAAGACGGAGAAAGAGAAGAGGAUUUGGAUGAAGAGGGAGCAGACGCUGCUCAAAGUAUUGCCGAGAGUCUCGCCCGACACGACAACUCAGACAUUGACGGAGAAAGAGAAGAGGAUUUGGAUGAAGGGGGAGCAGACGCAGCUCAAAGUAUUGCCGAGAGUCUCGCCCGACACGACAACUCAGACAGUGACGAAGAAGAAGACGUGGAGUCUUCUUCUGGUUCUCCGUCUUCAUCCUCUGGUGCGUCUUCGUCGGCCGCUGCGCCGUGUGAAGAUUCGUACUAUCGCUCCGGUUUCCUUCCGAUUGCUGGACGACCUUCUCCGCUGGCGCCCUUCGACUUUUACUGGACGUUCGAGGAGAGCGUCGAUUCGGAGGAUAGCGCGGUGGCGCGCUUGCCGACACACCAGAGAGAGAUGGUAGAAGAGAAAAAGAAAAAGACGCCUGUCGAGCUUUUGCAUCUGCAAGCUGCCGCCUUUCUCCAGCACCAGGACGAGAAAACCAAGACCGCGAGUCGUCGGAAGAAGAGCACAACGCAGCCAUCGGCAGCCGCCCUGCUUCUAGGAGAUGCAGAGGAUGGAGACGACGAAGAGCGAAGCGAUUCCGAAUCGGAGAGUGGAGACGAGAAGCGGCAUGCAGCGACGCGCUGCACACGCGCUGUCAGCAGGGAGGCGAAGCUCCUCGUUCAGCCGACUGGAUUCGCCUCCUACAGUGCCACACUUCCGUCCAAUGCAGCAGACGCGCGUGCUUUCUCUCUCGUGCACUCAGAAUCGCCAAGUCGGAGAGGAAGCGCGCUUCAUGGAGAGGGGGGCGACGGCCUCGAGGACGGCUUUGGAGGCGCGAGACAGGAUUCUCAGGCGCGAGGAGACUCUGCGCGAGCCGACAGCACCGGUCCCUCCUUCGUGCCUUCCGUUUCGUCGUCCUCUGCUUGUGCGGCGGAAUCGUCGCUUUCGUCCGCGGAUCGUUCGUCUUCCUCCCUUGCUGGGUCUGCCACGUCGUAUUUUGAAUACAUCUUGAAGACGCGCGUUCCGGCGACCUCGUUCGAUCCGAGCGUUGCUUCUCCGUACGGCCUUCCUUCCUCUCUCCUUCAGUCGCUUCGUCGUCUUCUCUCCUCUCGCUUCGCCUCUUCUCCUGGAGAAGUUCCAGUCAUUUUUCGCAGCGCCAAAAUGCGGUCGCUCUUCCACUAUCUUUCGAGCUACGUGGAUGUCUCGUUCCCGCACCAAAACGACGCUUCCUGCUCUGCUCUGCGGCUCCUGUACGCGUUGCAUGCAGCCGCCCACAUGUGGAAGGCGCGAUACCGCGUAACGGUCCACUCGAACCUCAUCAAGCGCGUGGCCAACAAGGCGCCGGAAGAAAGGCAACAGCUUCUGCUGCGAAUGAUGCGCAGGCAAGAGAGAGAACACACACAAGGGCCAGUUGAGGAAUCGGAAGACGAAGAAGAACGAGAGGAAGAUCUCGCAGAGGGUGGUGACGGCCCUGAGAACGGGGGAGGAGACGGGGACGACGCGGAUGCAAAGAAACAAAAACACGGCGAAUGCAGUGAGCGAGUCGGUGACGCGAGUCGAAAACAGAAAACAGAGUCUCAGGCUUCAUCGCCAACGUUGCCGUGCUCCAGUCGCCCCCUAGAAGACGAAGGACCAGAGAACUGGCUAGAAUCCCAGGUCCGAGACGGAGGAUACACCCGGCCUCGAAUUCUCAUUCUUCUGCCUUUCCGAUCGGCAGCGAAAGAAGUCGUCGACUACCUCAUCGCGCUCAUGCCCGGCAUCCAACAGGUUUUGAAUCGACGCCGGUAUGAAGAGGAAUUUGGAAUCAGUCGAGAAGACGAGCGGGAACAAGAGCAGAACUUCGCAAAGGGAAAGAAGCCGGAAGACUUCGUAAACAUUUUCAAGGGGAAUGACAACGACCGAUUUCGUCUAGGCAUUCGCGUGGCGCAAAAGUCGCUGGUCCUGUAUUCUCCGUUCUACGCAUCCGACAUCCUCGUCGCUUCCCCUCUGGGUCUGCGCAUGAUUGUCGGCGUCCCGGGUGAAGAUAAGAGAGAGUUCGACUUUCUUUCGUCGCUGGAAAUGGUGAUCAUCGAUCGCGCAGAUGUCAUCAGCAUGCAAAACUGGGCCUUCCUGAAAGAAUGCCUCGCUGCCGUUAAUCUGCCUCCAGUCUCGUACACGUCUUUUGACAUUCGGCGAUUGCGUCCGUCUCUGAUGGCCGGUGUAGGCGCUUCCGACAGGCAAACGCUGAUCUUCUCUCACGGCAGAGAUCCCAAAAUUCAAGGGCUGUUCAAGCAGUUUUGCUCCAACCGGCGCGGCCUUCUUCACCUGUUUGAUCCGGAGCAGGCUGUCUUUGCGGCGUCUGUUUUGCCUUGUUGCUUUUUGGGAAGUGGGAAGGAGAAAGGCAAGCAAAGUCGGAAAAAACGCGGAGCGGCUGGAGAGGACAAAGUGGUGCGCGUCUGCAGGUCCACUCCCAGUUGGGAGAUACUUUUGCGAGAGGAAGAAAACAGCCACGACGACAGUAGUGGUGUGGCGAGAGAGGGCGGGGGGAAUCCGAACGCGAAGCCAGCGGAGGGAGAAGGCCAAAAGAAACCCGUUCUGUGGAAGUCAGUUGUCGCGAGAGUGGGGAUGACGGGUGCCCAACAAUUCUUCUGCAAGGUUGCCUGCUCUCAGUUCGCGAAAUCGAAUGGGUGCCUUCUCAAACAUUUCGCGGUCCGAGUGCUGCCAACAUUGCAAGGCGAGUUUGACCGUGCACUGAUUGUGCUUCCUUCCUACCUCGACUACUGCCGGCUGUGGAGAUCUCUAAAGGAGCAGAACGUGGAUUUCGCCAGCUGCCACGAGUACACAUCAAAUCAAAAUAUAACUCGCGCUCGGCAAAGAUUUCACAAAGGUGAGGUUCCUAUUCUAGUCACUACUGUACGCUUCCUUUUUUACCGUCGAUAUCGGUUACAAGGAGCAGAUCGAAUUCUAUUUCUUGGGCCGCCGUCAUCGCCGGAGGUGUACUUACAUCUACUGACGCACUCCCUUCCUGAUGAAGAGGUCGCGAAUAAAAAACGGGUUUCUGGACCCACAGCGGAGGUUCAGAGCGAAGAGCCAGCCAUGGCCGAGGCUGACUACUUCAGAAAAACGGGCGCCUCCAUGUGUUUUUUCACACAGUACCAUGGUUAUGCAAUGGAGAGGCUGCUAGGAGUUCAAAAGGCCUUCACCCUUCUUCAGAUCCCUGAUGGCAAGGUUGUAGCUGUCAAGUAA